AUGGCGGCGGGCUCCGAUUUACUGGAUGAUGUUUUCUUCAACACAGAGGUGGACGAGAAAGUAGUUAGUGAUCUAGUUGGGUCUUUGGAGUCUGAGCUCACGGGAUCGGGUCGUGGAAAGUCUUCAGUUAGGGUCCAGGCUGCAGCAAAUCACAUUGACAACUCAGCUGUAGGUCGCAAUUCCAAUUUCCAGGACAGCGAAAUGGGACUUUCACAAGAGCUUGCUAAACCAGGGACUGGCGUGCCAGGGGGGGUCAUUAAUAGUAGGAGGUCCCAGGGUUCAACCAUGUAUGCUGCGGUCGGGACAACGGCGGUGGGAUCGAGCAUGACAGCCGGGCACAGUCCGAGCAAGACUGGGGCAGUCAGUGGUGUGAUAACGGAGGUUCCCGAUCACGGAGCUGGGACCAGAAAAACUGGGGCGGCUGGUGUACAAACUUUAAAUGGAAGGAGCGUUGUGAUAAACUCUCAUAAUUCAGGAAAUGUUGCCGCUUUGGUGAACUCGGCAAGCAGCACUGUGCCCGCCGUCGCGGUUGUCAACAACGGACCGAGCUCCGUAGUCAAAGGAAACGUAGUCUUACCCUCAACUUCCAGCACAGUCAUUCAAACACCUCUUAUGCACAAUGCUGUCACUUCAACUGUGAUAUCGUCUCAGCUGUCUGUUCUAAACAGUGUGCCCACUGUCACGCUCGUGAGGCCGCCUAUGCAACCCCUCGGAACAGUCACCGCGCAGAGCGGGAGUAAUAAUACGGUUCUGAUACGAUCUGUCAACGUUGCCCACCCUGCAAGUUCAGAAGCCCAAAUCAACACAUUGGAGUCUCCAAAAACGACCACACAAACGACUUCAGAAGUGACCGGCCCCAGUGUUAUAGGUAAAAGCCUGGUUUUACAAAAUGUGAGGACCUCCAUCCCAUCGACUAUUGCAGCCUGUCCUGGUGGGAUAAAGGCGAUCGCGCCACAGGUGUUCUCCCCGAGACUUCCGCAACCCCAACAAAAUGCUUCAAACAUCAAAAACAUUCAGCUCCCUCCAGGCAUGGUGCUGGUACGCAGUGAGAGUGGGCAGCUUCUGAUGAUCCACCAGCAGACCCUGGCCCAGAUGCAAUCCCAGUCCCAGAGCGCCAUGACCCCACGGGCAGCCACCCCCACCAGCACUCCCCCUGUCCAGAUCACUUCUGUACAGGCUCCAGGGACGCCCAUGAUGUCCCGUCAGGUGACCCCCACCACCACAAUCACUAAGCAGGGCUCCACGGCCCAGACCACCGUCCAGGCCACCACCACCCUCCAGAGGCCUCCUGUACUACAACAGAACACCAUUAUGCUGGGUGGAGCGGCCGCCACCUCAGGUCAGGCUCCAGUGCAGCCUUGCUCGGCAGCAGUCACCCAUAGAGCAGGGACCCCUGGGACACCAGGUGCCCCCACGGUCGUUUCUACCAUGGAGAUCCUGGAGAAUGUGAAGAAGUGUAAGAACUUCCUGUCCACGCUGAUCAAACUGGCAUCCAGCGGGAAGCAGUCGUCUGAGACCACAGCCAACGUCAAGGAGUUAGUCAAGAGCCUGCUGGAGAGUAAGAUCGAAGCGGAGGACUUCACCAGUCGGUUAUACCGGGAGCUCAACUCCUCUCCUCAGCCAUAUCUCGUGCCUUUCCUCAAGAGGAGUCUUCCUGCACUGCGUCAAAUGACCCCAGACUCGGCAGCCUUCAUCCAGCAGAGCCAGCUGCCUCACACUGGCGCCCAGCCUGCCGCCCCCUCCAAGGCCUUGACUGCUGCGGUGCUGGGGGGCACGUCCACGGCACAGAACUCCCGUCUCAACAGUAGUAGCCCUGGGGCCAAGGGUACCAUGCACCAGUCUCCUGUCAUCAGCCUGGCCCAGACACCUCAUAGCAAGCCUGGCCUGAUGGUGCCUCAGCAGCAGGGGGCAAUGGGGAGGCCUCAGGUGACUCUGGCCCAGUCACCCAUGGUUACGCUCCGAGGCCAACCCCACAGUCACAUCAUCAUGGGGCAGCCGCAGGUGGUCAGACAGCUUCAGACAGUUCCUGUAGUGAAGCAGGCUCUAGCACCAGGAGCCAAGGUAACACUGGGGCCCCAGUCUAUGCUCUCUGUAGUACUGAAGAACAGGCAGAAGGAGGCAGGCGGAGGAACCUUCAAGGAUGAUGAUGAUAUAAAUGACGUGGCCUCUAUGGCUGGAGUCAACCUAUCAGAGGAGAGUGCCCGCAUUCUGGCAACCAACUCUGAGCUGGUCGGCAUGGUGACUCGCUCUUGUAAAGAUGAGGCCUUCCUCUACACCUCCUCACUAACCCAGAGAGUACAUGAGAUAGGCGGGAGGUUAGGGGUGACUGACCUGGGGCCGGAGGUGAUCAGUUACGUGUCCCAUGCAACACAGCAUCGGCUGCAAAACCUGCUGGAGAAAUUGACGGUGGUGGCGCAGCAGAAAAGCAUCACCUUCAAGGAGGAGGAUAAGUGUGAACAGGUGAGUGACGUGCGAGCACAGCUGAAGUUCUUUGAGCAGCUGGAUCAGAUGGAGAAACAGAGGAAGGAGGAGCAGGAGAGAGAGAUCCUGAUGAAGGCAGCUAAGUCUCGAUCACGACAAGAGGACCCAGAGCAGCUUCGGCUUAAACAGAAGGCUAAAGAGAUGCAGCAGCAGGAACUGAAUCAGAUCAGGCAGAAGGAGGCCAACAUGACGGCCCUGGCAGCCAUCGGCCCCAGGAAGAAAAGGAAAAUGAACUCCCCUGUCAGCGGAACCGGGGCUGAGGACUUGUGCUCUGGUCCCUCUCCGUCAGGUGGGUACAGUAGCGGAGGCUCCAGGCCUCAGCGCCAGCGCAUCACCCGGGUUAACCUCAGGGACCUGCUCUUCUGUCUGGAAAAUGAGAGGGAGACCAGCCGCUCACACCUGCUCUAUAAAGGCCUCCUCAAAUAACACAGGGAGACCGGACAUGCCCAAUAACGCUUUUCUAAGGGACAAGAAAUGAAUGAGACUAACCAAGUCACUCACCUCCCUAACAGACAGAGACCAGCCACUCCCUAUAGCACCUCCCUAAUAGACAGAGACCAGCCACUCCCUAUAGCACCUCCCUAACAGACAGAGACCAACCACUCCCUAUAGCACCUCCCUAACAGACAGAGACCAGCCACUCCCUAUAGCACCUCCCUAACAGACAGAGACCAGCCACUCCCUAUAGCACCUCCCUAACAGACAGAGACCAGCCACUCCCUAUAGCACCUCCCUAACAGACAGAGACCAGCCACUCCCUAUAGCACCUCUCUAACAGACAGAGACCAGCCACUCCCUAUAGCACCUCUCUAACAGACAGAGACCAGCCACUCCCUAUAGCACCUCCCUAACAGACAGAGACCAGCCACUCCCUAUAGCACCUCCCUAACAGACAGAGACCAGCCACUCCCUAUAGCACCUCCCUAACAGACAGAGACCAGCCACUCCCUAUAGCACCUCCCUAACAGACAGAGACCAGCCACUCCCUAUAGCACCUCCCUAACAGACAGAGACCAACCACUCCCUAUAGCACCU